GACGAACCACCGCCUGAUGGAUCGUACUCUUCUAGCCUGAUCAGUGGUGAACCGAUUUCUUUCAAACCGGAGGAAGUGGAACAGCUGCGGAUCCAACUAGAACAGCACGUGCAGCUACUCACCCAGUCUGUGGUGAUGUGCUAUCACGACAGCCGAUUGACGCAUAUGACAAAUACCUACCAGUUGAUGAUUAACGAACUCGACUCUCGCUACUAUGCUGGAGGUUCUUCAUCCUUCUUCAACAUUGGCAAUCUCGCCGCUGCUAUUGAGUCAUGUCAUGACAUUAUGGGUGUGACUCCUGUUGCUCAGGAACACGUGAGGUGGGAUCCGACGCCAUUU